UUUAAGAAAAAAUCUCUAAUCCAAAACCCGCCGAAAACUGCCGCGCAAUUUUAUCUCAUUGUUCACUCAAAAAAGAAAGAAGUAAUUGAAGAUGUAGCUGAGCUCUCAGCGGUGAAGAUCAACUCAAUCAUGGCGAUCGUUCAGCAAAAGCCUCAAGACGAUCCAUUUCUCAGGUUCAUUGAUUACGCGAGGUCCAUCCUUUGCCCCGAAGAUGACGAAGAUUUUGAUCCUAAUCUUAACGGAGCAGACACUCGCCGACCUAGUUGGACCUGGAUCGCCUCUCGGAUCCUCAAGACUUGCUCUGCUUAUUCCAGUGGCGUUACCGCUGCGAUUCUACUCUCCGAUCUCUCUCAGGCUUGGAAUGAGCAACGUAGGGAUGGGGCUUCCAAGAAAAGGCCGGAAUGUAUUAGCCAGUUGAGGAAGAAACGCAGGCGAACGAAGCUUCCGAACACUGUAACUAUCGAUUCUAUUUAUGAGAAAAAUUUCUUGUCGUUGAACAGUGUAUUGGAAUCUGUUGUAGUUGAUGCUUUUGUUCUCCCAGGUACGAACAUUUACAUGCUCACGCUUGGUGAUUUUUGGAGCUCUAAUACCAUUGAUCUUUAUCUCCAUCGCAGAUACUACGAUUUGGUGGAUCCUCAAAAUGGGAUUUUAAAGAAAGGAAGAGAGGUUCUCCUCACUGGGUGCUAUCUUCGUACUGCUGCUGAAGGAUCUGGUUAUCCACGGUUGUUGCCAACAGAAUAUCUUGUGAUAUUGUUGGAUGAGGAUGAGGAUGAUGAUGCAAUGAUUAUUGGAGCUCAGUUCUGCUCAGAUUCAUUUUCUUCAAUUUCACUUGAUGCAGUCAAUCAAGGGGUUUCUUACUCAUUGUAUGCAAGGAUUGAGUUUAUCGGGCAACUGGAAAUUCAUGGAAAGUUCGGUGGUUUACAGAGGAAGCAAAUCACUCUUGUUGAUGAUGAUGGUGUCAAAAUAAAGUUUCUUUUGUGGGGUGAGCAGGUUCUACUUGCUAAUCUUUUCAGCAUUGGAAGUAUGCUUGGACUGGAUAGACCGUACAUAGCUAAUUCUCAAGAGAGCGUCACUGAAGAAAGUAAUGAACUUUGUCUUGAAUAUGGCAGUGCAACACAGUUGUUUUUGGUGCCUUUUAUUCAACAUGAGGAGCAAGUGUGUGUAACGUUGACGCAAAAUUGGUGCCAAGGAACUGGGCUCCUGAGUACGUUAGAUCUCACUCCAGGUCCAAAAGUUUCCCAAGUUUCAUUGCCCCGUGAUUCACAAGGGUCCCUUGACUUCAGUAGUUAUCCUUUCCAACCAUUUGUUACGGAUCUCCAUGACAAGAUGACAGGCAUCAGUCUCUAUGGUGUUGUUACCAAUAUUAUGAAGGACAGAAAUACCACAAAAGCUAUUUUCUCUCUGAGGAUUCAGGAUACUUCUGGAACAAUUUGGGCAAAACUACAUUUUACAAAAUCUUGGUCAUUGGGAAGAUUAAGCCUUGGUCACACGGUGUACAUAUCUGGCCUCUCAUGUGCUAUGACAAAGCAAAAGUGCCUGGAAGCUUUAUGGUUUGAGAGUGAUACAGGAGCUUCGUUGAUCAAUCUCAGUUGCAUGCCAGCACUGCUAAACUCGCCCUGUCUUCAAAAUUUGUCAAACCUUUCCAGUCUAUCUACCCAGACCACCUGUUCGCAAGUAGCUCGAGUUUGCCUGGAAAUGGCACAUUUUCAUGUGAAUACAAGGCUUUCACAUGCCCUAUGUGGUCAUUUGGUCAACAGGACGCCUAAUGGGUUUAUGGAAUGCAGUUUCUGUCAUUACAUUUGUGAUUCUGAAGUUGUUCGUAGUUUCCAUUUGAAAAUUACCCUUGCAGAUGAGACUGGAAAAAUCAUUGCGUGGUCUACUGAUCAAACUGCCAUUGAGUUGCUCCAAAUAUCGCCUGAUGAGUUUUAUGAGCUGCCUGAGGAAGAACAAGUUAUGUAUCCUUCGUCACUAGAGAACGAGAGAUUCAUGGUUGCUUUAGUUAAUUGCAACAUCGAGGGUUCUGGCCCAAUUAGCGAUAAUGAUUCAGUUUCAUGGGAGAUAACUCGUGCAUUAAAAUGUGAGUAAUUAGGUUUACUCAUACUCAAAUGGUGAUGACCUAAUUAUAUAUGUAGCUGCAUUUUCUUAUUUCCGUAAAUUCGUUUCUCUUUUGGGUAUAGCAUAUGUAUUCUAACAUUUUGUUUUUGAAAAGAUGUAUUCUAAUCUUGAUAUGCAGCUUAAAUAUAUUAAGCUCACCAA